UACCACACUUCACCUUGGCUGGGUUCUGGGUCUCUUUCGACCAACAAGAGACCAGUGCUUUGUACCGGACGCUUUGUUACACCACCACCCCCAAAACAGCUUUGUUCCUAUUGUUUGCCCCUGGCCUAUAGUCCGUUUUUAUACUUCAGUUUUGCCGGGUGUCAUUCGCACUAUCGUUACCGCCAGGUUGCUAGGUCGCUGGGUUCGUCGGACUGUGUGUUAUUGAGGGCCGAGACGAAGGGGCCGUGGUGGGAUUCCCGGCUCGUGCUUGACCAUGAGUGACAACAGCCGUCCCCCUCAUUUCCCUUUCCCUUCUCAGACUCCAUCUUCGUCAUCGGAUUUGCUGGAAAGUGAUUCCCAGUUUAGUCACCUGGGUACCUUGCUGAAUCGCCAGCAACCUCAUGGCCUUCCCGGCUCCUACGAAGUGGUGUAUUCUGGCUUCUCUGAGAACCCAUCGACUGGCUCGCAGCUCAUCGAAUGCGAUCGCUUCGGAAGGGUGCGUAUUCCUAGGUCGGCCACAUCGACUGCCUGGACCAGUAGCGGACGUGUUAGUCGAGCCUGCGAGAACUGUCGCGAUCAGAAGGCCAAAUGUAGUGGUCACCGCCCGACGUGUCAACGGUGCCAGGAAGCGGGCAUCCGCUGCUCCUACGGUGACCGGAAGCGAGAAAAGGUGGCCAAGCAGCUUAAUGACCUGACAACCCAGGUUAAGGCAUAUGAGGAUCUAUUACGAGAGCUAUCGCCCAGGCUGGACUCGGAAGCGGCGAGGCAAGUCGAGCAGAUUUUAACUGAAUCAAACAUCGAUGAGGACCUGCCUGCUGACCCUCAGGUAACAACGUCUGCAUCAACAGCGCCAGUCACGAAUGAUGCGUCAGGGUCCAGUGUGACCCCGGCUCUCACGAUAGGUGCCCUGGACUACAUUAGUGAAGAUUUCGACCGACAGGCCAUGGGGUUCGUGGGUGAACACUCUGAAAUCGCAUGGCUGUACAGAUUGAAGCGACUCAUACGGCGAUCGAGCCCUGCUACAGAGAACCAUGGCGACUCUAUUGCUUCCGCAAGCUUUUACUUGGACGAUUCAGAGAUCCCUGUCAUGAAAGAUGUGGACCCAAUCAAACGGCCCCCUCUUGCAAUUGCUAAGCAGCUCCUGGACACCUACUUCACAGUCGUGCAUGCAUCCUUCCCGAUAGUUCGCAGAUCGUUCAUCAUGAGACAAACUACACUCUACUACAAUUCUCCUUCCGUUAGGCCUGGGGUUGGGCCUGGAAGGAAGUGGCUAGCCAUGCUCAAUCUGAUCUUCGCGAUUGCCGCCAAAUACACCCACACUCAAUCCAGUGACGCUGAAGAGUGGCCUGAUGACAGUGCUGUUUACUUCGCACGAGCACAGAAACUAGGCGUGAUGGGAACGGUCUUAUUAGAACAUCCUGAUUCGCAGCAGGUGCAGGUGGAGGGAUUAACAUCCUUUUACCUUCUGUCCAUUGGGCAAGUGAAUCGAUCCUGGAAACUUUGUGGUUACGCCAUCCGUUCGGCUUUAACCCUGGGAUUCCACCUUCGAAACGAAAGCGACAUCAGGAACGUCAUGAAAGAAACGAAAUACGCUGUCUGGUGGUCUCUUUAUUUGCUCGAUUGCUCGCUUUGUGUUAUGACUGGUCGCCCGCCUAGUAUCAACGACCGAUUCUGCACAACACCACUGCCAGUGCCCUUCACAGAAGAAGAGUUCGACGAUAAGGAACAGCUGAUCCUCCUUCCCGAAGUUCGGAAUGCUCUCGUGAAAUCUCUAUGCCCCGGAAACCCACAGAUUGUCGAUGAUAAAGGCUCACCUGAAGCCUCCGGCGCCCAAGUGCCCGACCAGGGUAACAAGAGCGAACAGGAUGUGGCUAAUAUCCUUGAGUCUCUAACCUCGAUGCCCAAUUCUGCCCUUUUCUUCCUCUAUAUCGUCGAUUUAGCCGCCAUUAUGCAUGAAUCCGUUGAAGUUCUGUAUGCUCCAGGGGCAGCUCGCAAGCCAUUGCACGAGAUCGAGGGAGCCAUCUCUGCUUUGAACAGCAAGGUCGAUGCUUGGCUUGCGAGACUCCCAGCGGCAUUUCACUUGUCGCAGGGAACGAAGGCAUUUCAGAGGGAGCGGACAAACUUGGCAUUUCGCUUCUACAGUGCCAAGAUUCUUAUAACCCAGCCUUGCCUCAAUCACCUUUCCCAAGCGACCGACGUCAAUGAACAAUCGGGAAGUUUCUGUGAGAUGAUGGCGAUGAUGUGUGUGGAGUCGGCAGACCAGAUGCUCGAUCUGUUGCCUGAUGCACCCGAUCUUGCUUGGGUCUACCGGGUCUCUCCUUGCUGGUAUCUUUUGCAUUACCUAAUGCAGUCGACUACAAUCCUGCUCUAUGCGUUACUGCUUGUGGAGAAGCCAGGAAGCGUUGAAUAUCGGAAAUUUCUUGAGCGAUUAGAAAAGUCAGGCCGUUGGCUGACGGAGAUGUCUCUGGAAGAUCCGUCUGCUGAGCGGGCUUGGCUCGUGUGCGGAGAACUGAUUUCCGAGAAUGUCCCUGAACUCGAAACUGAGAUUGGUGCUGAUUCUAGAUCGCAACUGACUGAGCGUCCUAUGGUCGGCUUGCCUGCUGCAAAACUCCGUCCGUCUGACUGACUUUGCCGGUGGCCACUAGUGCUAUCUUGGUUUCAGUGUGCCGAAAAGGACCAGAGAAAACCGAUUGCUCCAAGGAGACUCUAUUCCCCACAUCCUCUAUUGGUCCUGCGGCUUCGGCUCU